GUAUUAUCUGCUGCAGCUAUUUGCAGUUUGCUGUAGCCAGGCGUCAGACGGAGCGAGAGCAAACCACUCCGCGCUUUUUGCUUCUUCUGAUUUUUAUAUGGACUCAUAAGAACAGAGGAUGAUGGAGAGGAUCAUAACUCCAGGCAUCAAGUCCUCCAUAAGCCAUCUAACAGGACUUCAUGUGUAAGAGGCAGACAGGCAGGAUGGCAGCAGGUGUGCAUGUGCUCACCCCCAGGACUCUGCACAGACAGGCCGUGCUCUCGUGGAUGUUGAUUCUUCUCCUGGGGUCUGAUCUGUACCUGUGUGGCUUACAGCACCCAGUGGGGGCCAAUGCCCAGAGCAACGAGAGGAGGGUGCUGGCUCAUAUGCCUGGAGACAUAAUCAUAGGAGCACUGUUCUCAGUGCAUCACCAGCCCCCUGCAGACAAGGUCCAUGAGCGAAAGUGUGGUGCAGUCCGUGAGCAGUAUGGGAUCCAGAGAGUGGAGGCGAUGAUGCAUACUUUGGACAGAAUAAAUGCAGAUCCUUAUAUCCUCCCUAACAUCUCCCUUGGCUGUGAGAUCAGGGAUUCGUGUUGGCAUUCGGCGGUGGCGCUGGAGCAGAGUAUCGAGUUUAUCAGGGACACUCUUGUUUCCAACGAAGAGGAGGACAACGCGGGCCGGUGCACUGCGGAGGGGGGCAGUCUGCUGCUGCAGGGGAAGAAGCCCAUUGUCGGACUGAUCGGCCCUGGGUCCAGUUCGGUGGCCAUACAAGUCCAGAACCUGCUCCAACUCUUCAACAUCCCCCAGAUCGCCUACUCCGCCACCAGCAUGGAUCUCUCUGACAAGAGUUUAUAUAAAUACUUCUUGAGGGUGGUGCCAUCGGAUAUGCAACAGGCCAGAGCGAUGGUGGACAUAGUGAAGAGGUACAACUGGAGCUAUGUGUCUGCUAUUCACACUGAGGGUAACUAUGGUGAGAGUGGCAUGGAGGCCUUUAAGGACAUGGCUGCCAAAGAGGGGCUCUGCAUUGCUCACUCAGAUAAGAUUUACAGUAAUGCUGGAGAACAAAGUUUUGACAAACUUCUGCAGAAGCUCCGAGGUCACCUGCCCAAAGCUCGAGUAGUGGCCUGUUUCUGUGAGGGCAUGACGGUGCGGGGCAUUCUGAUGGCAAUGAGACGCCAGAAACUGGUGGGGGAGUUCUUACUGGUGGGAAGUGAUGGCUGGGCAGACCGGUACGAUGUAACUGAUGGUUAUGAGAGAGAGGCAGCAGGAGGUAUCACCAUAAAGCUGAAGUCUGCCCAUGUGACCUGGUUUGAUGAUUAUUACCUAAAUCUAAAGCCAGACAACAACUACAGAAACCCGUGGUUCCCUGAGUUCUGGCAGCACCGCUUCCAGUGCAGGCUGAGAGGGCACCCGCAGGAGAACACCAUCUACAACCGCACCUGUACAUGGAGAGAAUCUUUGCGCCAACAAUAUGCCCAAGAUACUAAGAUGGGAUUUGUGAUAAAUGCUAUCUAUUCAAUGGCCUAUGGUCUACAUACCAUGCAGCAGUCCCUGUGUCCAGGCUUUAAGGGUUUGUGUGAGAACAUGCGGCCUAUUGAUGGUGGAAAACUGCUGGAUUUCCUCAUGAAAACAAACUUCACUGGUGUUUCUGGAGAGGUGAUUCACUUUGACCAAAAUGGAGACUCACCUGGAAGAUAUGAAAUCAUGAACUUUAAGCUGGUUGGAGAAGAUGAGUAUGCGUACAUUCACGUGGGCAGCUGGGACCAGGGUGGACUACAGAUGAACGAUGAGGAAAUUUGGAGCAAUAACAGUGAAAUUAUCCACUCCCUUUGCUCCGAGCCAUGCCAAAAAGGACAGAUCAAAGUGAUCCGUAAAGGAGAGGUGAGCUGCUGCUGGACCUGCACGCCCUGUAAGGAGAACGAGUUUGUGUUUGAUGAAUAUACCUGUCAGGCCUGUACCCUGGGGUCCUGGCCCAACACCGACCUCACAGGUUGUGAGCCUAUCCCAGUGCACUAUCUUCAUUGGGGAGAUCCGGAGCCCAUUGCUGCUGUUGUUUUUGCCUGUUUGGGACUCUUGGCCACACUUUUUGUCACAUCUGUAUUUAUUAAAUUUUGGGAUACUCCUGUUGUGAAGUCAUCUAGUCGAGAGUUAUGUUACAUAAUCCUAGCUGGAAUAUGCCUGGGAUACCUGUGUACCUUUAGCCUUAUUGCUAAACCCCACAUAAUCUACUGCUACCUCCAGCGGCUGGGCAUUGGGCUGUCUCCUGCCAUGAGUUACUCUGCUCUUGUUACCAAGACUAACCGUAUUGCACGGAUCCUGGCUGGCAGCAAAAAGAAAAUCUGCACCAAGAAACCGCGCUUCAUGUCGGCUUGUGCUCAGCUCAUCAUUGCCUUCAUCCUCAUCCUGCUGCAGUUGGGCAUCAUCGUGGCCCUGCUCAUCAUUGAGCCACCACAGGUGAUCUAUGACUACCCAAGCAUCAGAGAGGUGCACCUCAUCUGUAACCUCACCACUCUAGGGGUCGUGGCUCCCCUGGGUUACAAUGGCCUUCUGAUCCUCAGCUGCACUUUCUAUGCCUUUAAGACCCGCAAUGUUCCUGCCAACUUCAAUGAGGCCAAGUACAUUGCCUUCACCAUGUACACCACCUGCAUCAUCUGGCUGGCUUUUGUUCCCAUUUACUUUGGCUCCAAUUACAAGAUCAUCACUAUGUGCUUCAGUGUAAGCCUUAGUGCCACUGUAGCUCUCUGCUGCAUGUUUGUACCAAAGGUGUACAUCAUGCUGGCCAAACCUGAGAAGAAUGUGCGCAGUGCAUUCACAACCUCCACUGUUGUGCGGAUGCAUGUCGGAGACGCCAAGAAAGCUGCUAAAGUUGGCAAGUCCUCCAGCAGCAUGGCCAACUUGUUCCGACGCCGUGCUUCUGGACAGGAAAAUAUCAGCUCCAAUGGAAAAUCUGUAACUUGGGCACAGAAUGAACGAAGCUAUCGACCCAAUUUGUGGAAACGCAUGUCGUUCCAUGUUAAGAAGAAGGACCCAGUAGAAACUAACCAGACAGCCAUAAUCAAACCCUUUUCUAAAGCCAAUUCUUCUGCUGACACUGGAGUAAUACAGGACUAUGAAGAAUCCAUGGAGCCUCAAUCUUUUAACUGUUCCCCAUCUCAGUCGCCUUUACUUAACCAGCAAGGAGCUAAACGCACAAGUUUCCAAGAAGAGGAUGUAGACGAAGCUUUGACUGCGUAUAUCCCCGAUCAUUCAUUAAGAAGAAGAGUUGAGAGCCAAAGCAGUAAUUUAGUUGAUUGUGCGGAUAUCAGUGCAAUUGGAGUUGGAGAUAUUGGUAUAGGGAUGAUCAGUGGGCAUGUUCAAGGCAUAACUAUUAUGGAUCAAAUCAGCUGUGUGGUGAAUCGCUUUACCGCCAACAUCAGUGAGCUCAAUACCAUGAUGCUACCUGGAGUUGGCGCCAUCAACCCCAAUAGUCCCCUGCCUAUGUCUGGAGACACAAGCCAAUGUCCUUCUCAACAAUACAUAACGUCAAAGAGCACAGUAACCACGUACGCAGAGGUGACAGCGGUGCCCAGUUUUUGUGAGAAUCGAUCUGUGGAUAUGGUGUAUUUGAGUGGGACAGGGGUGAGACGGGGUAAAGACAGAGAGGACCAGGCAGCACUCACCCCUCCGUCCCCGUUCAGAGACUCUUCACUGGGGUCCAACAGCAGCUCUCCCCCCUCUCUGUCGCCCCCUUCUGAUGCAGACUACGAUCAGCUACUCCUCAGGCACUACAGCCAGAGCUCCUCAUCACUCUAAACCACUUUAUAACCACUAGAGUCUAGAUUUCAGCUAUGAGGGCUUAUAACUUUAUAAUUUCAGCAUUAUGAAUCAUUAAAUGGGCAUUUACAUUUGAAAUUAAAAUGUGUUGUAGUUUAAAUAUAUAUGUAACAAUAACCUGUAAGGUACAUACCUUAGAACGUAAAGACAAUCUCCCUUGUAGCUACAAUAUAUCCUCUGCUUGGUUGCACAUUAAUUAACAU